CUUCCUGCCUCUCCCCCUUCCCGCCAGUAGUGAGUAACUCUUAUCAGGGUUGAGCGGGUGAGUGUGCUCGUGGCCGCCCAGCCAAGCCGCCCAGCUGGGCCGCUCAGCCACCCUCGGUCGGUCCGUCAGAGCGCCUCGGCUGCUGACGCGCUCGCUCGCACUCUGCCCUGGCGGCGGUUUGCGUGCGUGAGGCCGUCUAAUUCUACCAGGCCCCGAAGACUCGUGGCGGCAGCAGCAGCAGCAGCCGUGACGCCGCCAUUAUCACCCGCGCGCGGCAAGGAACCAUCUUCCUCUUCGCUUCACCCCUUUCCUCCCCCCCUCCCGCGGCGUUGUCUGGCCCCGCGCAGUAGCAGCUCCUCCUCCUCCUCUUCUUGCUCCUGUUGGAACAAAGGAAGGAAGCGGCGGCGGCGGCGGCUGCAGCAGCAGCUCCGGGACUCCCUCCCCGCCAGAGCCGGGAGAGCGGCGCCUUCCUCUUCCCUUCUUCGUUAUUCAGCUUCGCUCCCUCCCCCUUCCCCCGUGCAAGGAGAAGCCGAACGAGCAGCACAGAAAUGGCUCAGGAGACCAACCAGACCCCAGGACCCAUGCUGUGUAGCACAGGAUGUGGAUUUUAUGGGAAUCCUAGAACUAAUGGAAUGUGUUCAGUCUGCUAUAAAGAACAUCUUCAACGACAACAAAACAGUGGACGAAUCAGCCCAAUGGGGUCGUCAAGUGGUUCCAAUAGCCCUACCUCAGACUCUGCAUCUGUACAAAGAGCAGAAACUAGUUUAAACACCUGUGAAGGUGCUGCUGGCAGCACAUCUGACAAAUCAAGAAAUGUGCCUGUUGCCGCCUUGCCUGUAACACAGCAAAUGACAGAAAUGAGCAUUUCAAGAGAGGAGAAAGUAACUCCGAAAACAGAGACAACUGAGCCAGUUGUAACUCAACCCAGCCCUACAGUUACUCAACCUAGUACAUCUCAGAAUGAAGAAAAAACGCCUGAAAUGCCCAAACCAAAGAAGAACAGAUGUUUUAUGUGUAGAAAGAAGGUUGGCCUUACAGGGUUUGACUGCCGAUGUGGAAAUCUGUUUUGUGGACUUCACCGUUACUCUGACAAGCACAACUGCCCAUAUGAUUACAAAGCAGAAGCUGCAGCAAAAAUCAGGAAAGAGAAUCCAGUUGUUGUGGCUGAAAAAAUCCAGAGAAUAUAAACUAACCUACUUGGUGAAAAGACUGAUUUCCUUUUUAUUUUAAAUAAUCCUAGGAAAACAUUAAAGAGCAGAUGCAUGGCCAUUUUCCUUUGAUGUUCUCCCGAGUUUUACUUUAGUCUGUCUUAUUGAUUGAUAUUUUAGGAUGUUGUGGGUGUUACAGGCAGAAUUGGAUAGAUACAGCCCUUUAAGAUGUAUACAUGCCCUCCCCAAAAAUGAUUUGAAAGAGUACGACCUGCACUGGAAAACUGACAUACACAAAGGACAGAGUUGUCUAGUUCACAUGUGCCAAACAGAUGCAUAAAAUCUGCAUGUUUGCAGCAGAUUGCCUUUUGGGAAUGUAAUUGAGGUAUAUCAUCCUUGGAUAGAGCUAUGUGCCUGUUUGAUUAAAUGUACACCAGGAAUAAUGAGUCUACUUUUACCAUAGUUAAAACUUCGUCCUCUUUAAUUUCCACAACUUGUAGUUUUGGAGCUGAGCUGCAGAAGAUCCACUUUCUAAAUGAGAAUGCUUGUUCAGGUGCCAUAAGCCUGCAGUUUAAGGUCACCUACUAAACAAAAGCAAGAAAUCUGAGCUGGAAGGGUGAAAUCCUUGGAACUGAUGAAAAUCACUCAACUUGUUAAAGUUGUUUCCAAAGGAGAAAAUUUAUUUUCAGAACUUUAUGAACUAGCCUACAACAAAAACUUUGUCUGCUUUUUCUUGUGUGUAGCAAAGUUGUGUAGCACAACACCAGAAGACUUUGUUUUACAGUUUACAAACAAAAGGCUACAUAUUUUUUAUAAACUUAACUACAGCAGCUCUGUCAAAUAACAUGCAUCUGAUGAACCUAGGUUGCAAAUGUAUUCAAGCAUUUAAUUUUUCAUAUACAUUUUAUGUUGAAUGUGUUCUGGGUUCAAGAGAAUCUUAGCUCUUAAUUUUUAUAGUUUUCAGAUGUAGUGAGAUUGCACCAUUUUGCAUGGAAAAUCAUACCCAAUAUGGCUGCUGUAGACUAAGUGGUACCUGGAACCACUCUGAGGGCUGCUUUAUCAUUUUAAUAGUAUUUGGGUGUAGGACUGUAGUGUUCUUGGGUGUAUUGCAUGGGCUGCAUUAUCUACAGCAUUGUACAAUAACAACUCUAGAAAAGGCAGUAUACUUCACUGAUGCUUGUCUGGUAAUAUCACUUCUGUGUUAUAAUGGAAGGUUUUUUGUGAUGUAUGAAACUUGUGUUUUUUAUAUAAACAAAUACAGUUUAGACUAGUGUAGUGGUAAUGCCUGUUCUCAUCUGUAAAUAGUUGUGUAUACACAAGGCACUACUUCUGACAUCAAUUGCAAUGUUCAGUCUUAGUUUCUUCAUUAAAAGCAUCAGGUUUUUGCUUUAAACUUUGUCCUUGGUUGAGUUAUUAGAUUUACAAAUGUGUACAGAUAGUUCAUAUUUAUGUACUGCACAUAAUCAUGCUACCCAGCAUCUAUGCGAUAUUGUAUUAUGUAAAUAAUAAAAUCAUGUACAGAGGGAUCUAGUUCCUUUUUUGAUGGCUUAUUGAAUAACCAGGGUUCUGUUCUGUGAGAGUAAGAAAUGUUUGAAACUAAUCCGGACUUUUAUUUGAUUUCUAAUUCUUGGGUUUAUCUGCAUUAGCCUAUGGAUGGGGGAGGGAUGCCAAGCAUUGCCUGAGGAAGAUUUAUUCAGGUGAGCAGUGCCUAAGAAAAGUAAUACAAACAACUCAAUGACUAGAUGGAAGUUUCGCAAAUAACGUUCUCCCUAAUAAGAGAAACCCUAUAACUGUUACUGUAGCCACUUUUGUACAGAUGAGGAUAAAGCAGA